AAAAUGUCAUGAAAAAUGUAAAAACAUUCAUCUAAGUGAGAACAUUUUUUGUUUAAUUUAGUGAUUUAUUUUAUAUAUAAACAAGCUUAUGCGCGACCAAAGUUUCUUUGGUAAUAAAAAAACUUUUUUCAAAAUCAGCAUUUAAGGUAUGUACACAGAAUCAUUACAAAAUUGCUCAAAUCAAAACUUUGAUCCAAGGUUAAACAAUGUCUUUGUUACAUUGCAGAAGUUGAUUUUUUCAACUCUACUAUGGCGAAUAUAACUAAUAAAUUAAUGGAACUGUUACGUAAUAUUAAAUCUGAUGCGGUCCCGAAGCCGCCGAGAGCAGAACCUGCAGAACCAGACUCUACAACUAAUUCAACAGACGAACCUGUGACGCACGGUGAUUCCCCUAAAACUCAUAAGAAACAAACAAACGAAGAUGAUGAUCACGAAGAAAUUAUAUUUGGGGAAGAAGAUUUUGUCAAAGAAAAGAAAACUAAGCCCAAAUUCCCCUUCAAAUCUAAGAAGAAUAAAGGUGAUAGCCCAAAAGAACAUAAAGGUUCAAAGAAUGAUAAAAAUGGAAUGUACAGUUCUGUAAAUACUCAAGCCACUGGUACUGUUUAUAAUGUAGUUAAUUCUAAAAAUGUGCAAUUUGGCAGUAAUAAUGUUUAUUACAUGUCAGCCACAAGUAAGAAUGUCAAAAAAGGCUAUGAUGCUGGUGAAGAUGGUGAAGAUGAAGAUGAAAACUAUGUUCCUAAAGAUAAUUUCAUUGUCCUGCUUAUGGAAUCUGAAAUUGAGCCAACCUUCAAAUAUAUGGAUUUUAUAUCAAAAAAUUUGGGCAUUAAUUGGAAAGCAUUCUACACAUCUCUGGGUUAUCUGAAAGGAUAUAUCGACACUCUAGUAUUAGAAAAUGGCAUAAUUGAGGCUCGAUACAAGUUAUUGGAUGACUGGGUAAGAAAUGAUAAUGAUGGAUCUCUAGGCCGUUUGGCUACAUUACUGUGGGAAGCAGGAGAGAGACAGAUUGUAAGAGAACUAUCUUUAAUAUAUAAGGAGAACAAAAAACAAUGAAUUAAGUGCAUUUUCUAUCAUGUUUAAUAGACUAUGUUUACACAAUUUGUUUUAUAAGUUUCCUAGAUAAAACAAUUCAAAAGAAAUACUUAUUGACAGAGCUUAAAGAAAAUUUUAUUUUACUUUUGACUGGUCUGAUAUCAAUAAUGUUCAAUUUAAAUUAUAUUUUACAAUUUUAACCCUAACAAUGUGUAAAUUUAUUGAAACUAGUACAAAUAGGUAAUAGAAUGAAUUCAGUAAUUUCAAUAAAUAAUAAAAAAAAAUGUUCAUGGGUAAUAAGAAAUCAAUAUUGAUGCAAAGUGUAGGAUCUAUAAAAUUUUAUAUGUAUGGUCUUGAAAUAAACCAGUAUUGUAAACUCCAUGGUGUCUGUUGGUUUUCAUAGAAAAAUAUUAAGUAGUUGUUUGCUAGAUUUCAAUGCAUAAUUUCAACACAUUAAUUUUUUAUAUGUUUCUAGCUUCUUGUUUUUAUUAUCUAACAAUAUUAUCUUAAGACUCAGCACAAAUCUGACUGAAAAUCUGCCAAGUGUCAUGAGUAUACACAAUGGUGCAAGGUUAAAUAUCAUACCAAUAUUUACGAUAUUAUAAAAAAAGUAGAGAAGGCAAAUGGUUGCAUGUGAGCAGAAAUAUCCCUUUGUGAGAAAGAGACAAAAUCGCGGACACUGUUUCUAUCUCUUUCUAGUGAUUCAUGCCGAUAAAUAGAGGAUAGCUAUUAACAUUUCUUUCGUCAAAUCAUUCGACUAUACUCACGACAACAUUCUACGUUAAUUACCUACUCCGUCAAUUGGUGACGCAUCACAUAACCGCAUCAAAACCAGUUCGGACAUUUUUAAUUUAUCGCAUUUUGAGUAACAGACAGUGUCGGCAGUUUUGUUUUCAAAUAUGUGUAGAUACUUGUCUAUGUUGAACUCGAGAUUUUUUUGUUUAAGCUUAUCUUUGAAACAUUCAACUGUAAUUUGAGAAGAACUUUUUGCAUUUAAUAGCCGAAUUUUAACUAUUAAUUCAAAAUUUAGCCUCGGUGGAACCGUUGGCCACUAGUUAAGAAAAAUAAUUAUAUAUCGAAAGGAAUGUUAUUAUUAUAUAUUCUUAUUAUUAUAUUUGCAUUCACAAUGCUAUACUGAAAAAUUUCUUAAUAAAAAUGCUUUUCAAAAUUUACUUUGUCCCUGGCGCUCUGAGAUGGGACUUGAACAAAGUGGAUUUUUUUAAGCAUUUUGCAUUAUAAUAUUCUAUAUUCUGUUACUUUGUAAUAGAAAUGUUUAAACUCUAUUUAUAGUGAUCGCAAUAUUUGAUCAUCUAUAAAAGUCAAAAUCGGAUUUAAGCAUGUUAUUGCUAUACACAUCGUUAAUUAUUUAUUAAUUAAGGGAUCCCUUCUUUUUGUAUUUUUUAUUCCUGAUUUAUUUUGGAAUAACUAAUAUGGCAUAAUAAUACAUUGUCAUUGUAAUUAUUUUUUUAGAUGAUUUUUUAUCAUAAUUUUCAUUCUUUCAUACCUUUACGUGAAAGAACCGAUCAACAGAUUAGGUUAGAAAUGUGACCAAAACAAAAAGCGAAAUCAAGCGAGCGAAGCGAGCAUACUGCGGCAGUGGUCUUAUAAGUUAUUUACGCAUAGAAAAAUCGGGCUUAAAAAAUAAACGUAAGCUGGUAUAGAAACGUUAUGCUUGAAAUUUUAUGCGAUUG